AUAUGACUUCACUGCAGAAGUUCGCUCUGAAAGGCAAGCCAUUCUGAACAACGAUCAUAUGCUUGACAUUUGGGAACAGUGACUGAGUGCAGAAAAAAAAAAAAAAAAUGGGGCAAAAAACAUCACAACACUUGGCUGUGAAGAACAACGAAGAGGUUCUGAGUGUCUGUGAAGUGGCCAGUGAAGCUAUAGUUCAUGCAGCUCAAAAACUGAAGGAGUAUCUUGGAUUUGAGUAUCCUCUGAGUAAGCUCUGCCUGACUGCAAAUACUCUGAAUGAGAUCUUCUUAAUCCACUUCAUCACUUUCUGCCAAAAAAAAGGAAUUGAUGAGUGGCUUACUACCACCAAGAUGACCAAACACCAAGCCUUACUAUUUGGAGCAGACUGGAUUUGGACCUUUUGGGGAACUGAUAAGCAAAUAAAGCUUCAGCUUGCAGUACAGACUCUACAGAUGACUUCUGUUCCUCUGAUGGAGCCAAAGCCUUGUGACCUCUACAAUCCACAGUCAAGGACAGAAGAGUCUUCUUGGAAGAAAAGUAGAUUCGAUAAGCUGGAAGAAUUCUGUAACUUGAUAGGAGAAGACUGUCUGGGCCUGUUUAUCAUCUUUGGUGUGCCAGAAAAACCUAAAGAUGUCAGAGGAGUAAUCCUAGAUAGUGUCAAAAGUGAAAUGCUGAGGAGCCAUCUGCCAGGACAGCAGGCAGUGAAACAAUUUGUCCUGGAAACUCCAGAGUGUGUCUCCAUCAGAGAGCUGCUUGGAAACUGUCUGAGUAAGGAUGGACUGAGAGAGGUGGGCAAGGUUUACAUUAGCAUCCUCUGAACUGGGUAUAUGUGAUAUGAAUGACCUGUAAGGUAAAAAGAAAAGUUUACUUUCAUGGGCAAAAUCGUCUACUUACAUCAUUGACUAAAAGUGAUUAUUUGAGACAAAGCAUGUU